CAUAAACCUGGGCGCGCAAAAUCUGACGGAUAAUGUAUUUGCUUUUCAUAGAGAAACCCGUGUAGGCGUUCAGUCAAUCAGCCAAUUACAUGAGCCAGGGUGAAACCCGAAACACGCCGAAGUAUAAAUAAAGUCCGAUUCACCAAUACUGGUUCAGAUUAUAGGAAGGUACACAAGGUGUCACUCCAUCGAGAUCGAAAAAUGGUUCACACGAUCAAAAAGCCUUCAGUUCCGUUCGUGCACCACAUGGACACUGAGUCAAUCCAGGAGAUCACAAUCAAGGGUAAAGCACCCAACGGCGCAUCCAGAUUCUCCGUGUACCUCCAACACGGAUCGGAAGAUGAACCGCACGAGAUUGCGUUCGUGUUCGAUGCACGGUUUAACUUUGGCAAUGACCACAACAAGAUCGUGACUAACUGCAAGAAGGGAGGCGCCUGGGGUACGGAGGAACACAGACAUCUUGCAUUCCCUUUUCAUCCAGAACAGGAUUUCAAGAUCAAAAUCACGGUGGAUGAUCACUCCUUUAAAAUGAAGGUCAACGGUGAAAAGUUUCUGGAAUAUGAACAGAAGCUGUCCAUGAAAGCAAUCAACUGCAUCAGGAUACAGAAUAACAUCGUUAUUGAAGAAAUCAAACUUAAAUAGACUGUACCUACGUGAUUCAAUAUGACGGCCUAGUUGGUAACAUACGAAGGUCUUAGCAGGUGUUUUUUUUAUACAGUCCUGCAGAUGCAUGGUAAAGAUAUUCGUGUAGCAACACUGAAGGGUUGUCAUAAAGUGCAGCGUAUUUCAUUAACACGAUGAAUGUAUUUAUCUGUUAAAUUACAUUAUUAAAAAAGGCCUGAAUAUCUAAUGUACUAUGUCAAAUGUGUGUAACCAACUAAUUACUGUAUGAAUAAUUACACAUAAACUGU